UUAAAAAAGAACGGGAAGGAAAUGUUGGAUAGCACAUCAGAGCAAAGUCGUCAGAGAUCUCCGUUUUGCACAAUUGCAGAAGCACCAAGACAAUUCCAUUUAUUGGAGCCUCCAACGCUAGACCGCUCAUAAAUCCGCGCUUAGCAUCAACCAUCUUUCAAAUCUGAACCCGCCUCGCUACAAACGUGCUGCCUAUUCCUGUUUGGUUACUCAGAAAACAAGAAAGGAAAAGGAAGAGGAAAGGUGCAUGGUUGUUAGUGAGGAAGAAGUUUUUGUAGCUCGAUUUCGUUGACGUGCGUUCAGUGAACGCACAUUCGUCAAAAAGAAAAUUCACAUGGAAUCUGAGCUCUCCAGAGAUUUAAGCUAAAUCUGAAGCGCUUCUCCAAUCUUCGCUACUUUCUGUGAAUCUGUUUCUCUUUGUUAUUUCCACUGUUCUAGCUACCAGAAGAGGAGAAGAUGCUGCGGCUGAAAGCCUUCCGGCCUUCCACUGACAAAAUCGUUAAGAUCCAGUUGCAUCCGACGCAUCCAUGGAUGGUAACCGCCGAUGAUUCAGAUCGAGUCUCCGUUUGGAAUUGGGAACACCGUCAGGUGAUAUAUGAGCUGAAAGCUGGUGGAGUGGAUGAGCGACGUUUGGUCGGCGCGAAAUUGGAGAAGCUUGCAGAGGGAGAGACAGAGUCUAAAGGGAAACCUACAGAAGCCAUUCGAGGAGGAAGUGUUAAGCAGGUGAAUUUUUAUGAUGACGAUGUACGCUUUUGGCAACUUUGGCAUAAUCGAUCGGCAGCUGCAGAGGCGCCUACAGCUGUCCAUCAUCUCAGUUCAGCUUUAAGUUCUCCUGCCCCAACUACAAAAGGAAGGCAUUUUCUUGUCAUAUGUUGUUUAAACAAAGCUAUUUUUUUGGACUUGGUGACAAUGCGUGGUCGUGAUGUACCAAAGCAAGAGCUUGAUAACAAGUCACUUCUCUGCAUGGAGUUCCUUUAUAGAUCUGGUGUUGGUGAUGGUCCUCUUGUUGCUUUUGGUGCAUCUGAUGGUGUCAUUAGAGUUCUCUCAAUGAUCACAUGGAAGCUUGUGCGAAGGUACACUGGUGGUCAUAAAGGAUCAAUCUCUUGCUUAAUGUCCUUCAUGGCUGCUUCUGGUGAGGCUCUUUUGGUCUCAGGAGCCAGUGAUGGAUUGCUCAUAAUUUGGAGUGCUGACCAAGGGCCAGAUUCACGGGAACUUGUGCCCAAGCUGAGCUUAAAAGCACAUGAUGGUGGGGUUGUUGCUGUUGAGCUGUCUAGGGUGAUGGGAGGUGCUCCUCAGCUAAUUACAAUUGGUGCGGAUAAGACAUUAGCUAUAUGGGACACAGUCUCCUUUAAGGAGCUGCGGCGCAUAAAGCCAGUCCCAAAGUUGGCUUGCCACAGCGUGGCUUCAUGGUGUCAUCCCCGAGCUCCAAACCUUGAUAUUCUAACCUGUGCUAAAGAUUCUCACAUAUGGGCAAUUGAACAUCCCACUUAUUCUGCUCUCACAAGGCCAUUGUGCGAAUUGUCAACAGUUAUUCCUCCACAAGUUCUUGCUCCUAAUAAGAAACUGAGGGUGUAUUGUAUGGUUGCACACACCUUGCAGCCACAUCUUGUUGCUACUGGAACCAAUAUUGGUGUUAUUAUCUGCGAGUUUGACCCUAGAUCUCUUCCACCUGUAGCUCCGCUACCAACCCCAUCAGACAGCAGAGAACAUUCUGCUGUAUUUGUAGUUGAAAGGGAACUAAAGCUAUUAAAUUUCCAGUUAAACAACUCAGCAAAUCCAUCUCUUGGAAAUAAUAGCUCCUUGUCAGAAACUGGAAGAUCAAAGGGAGAUUUUUUUGAACCAUUGCCUGUCAAGCAGGGGAAGAAGCACAUUAGUACACCUGUUCCACAUGAUUCAUACUCUGUGCUUUCUGUGAGCAGUUCAGGGAAGUAUGUUGCAAUUGUUUGGCCAGAUAUUCCUUACUUCUCUGUAUACAUGGCUAGUGAUUGGUCAAUUGUUGACUCUGGAACUGCAAGGCUUCUUGCUUGGGAUACAUGCCGUGACAGAUUUGCUAUAUUGGAAUCAGCAAUUCCCCCAAGACUUCCUGUUCUUCCCAAGGGUACUUCAUCAAAAAGAGCAAGAGAGGCAGCUGCAGCACAAGCAGCAGCUGCUGCUGCCGCAGCAGCUUCCUCAGCUUCUGUUCAAGUCCGCAUCUUAUUAGAUGAUGGAACAUCAAAUAUACUAAUGAGAUCUGUUGGUACACGCAGUGAACCGGUGAUUGGUUUGCAUGGAGGGGCACUGCUUGGAGUUGCCUAUCGGUCAUCUAGGAGAGUCAGUCCUAUUGCUGCCACAGCUAUUUCAACAAUCCAGUCUAUGCCUUUAUCUGGUUAUGGAAGUAGUGGUGUUUCUUCAUUUUCUACUUAUGAUGAUGGAUUUUCUUCAUACAGAUCUCCAGCUGAGGCAGCACCUCAAAACUUCCAGCUAUACAGUUGGGAGACAUUCCAGCCUGUGGGCGGUUUACUUCCCCAGCCAGAAUGGACUGCUUGGGACCAAACUGUUGAAUACUGUGCAUUUGCAUAUCAGCAAUACAUAGUCAUCUCUUGUUUGCGCCCUCAAUAUAGAUACCUGGGAGAUGUUGCAAUCCCAUAUGCUACUGGUGGCGUUUGGCACCACAGGCAAUUGUUUGUGGCUACACCAACUACUAUAGAAGUUGUCUUUGUAGAUGCUGGGGUUGCACAAAUUGACAUUGAAACAAAGAAGAUGAAGGAAGAGCAGAAAAUGAAAGAAGCACAGGCAAGAGCAGUAGCUGAGCAUGGAGAGUUAGCACUAAUUACAGUAGAUGGUCCCCAAGCUACUACAGAAGAAAGAAUAUCAUUGAGGCCACCAAUGUUGCAGGUAGUACGAUUGGCUUCAUUUCAGCAUGCUCCUUCAGUGCCACCUUUCUUAUCAUUGCCAAAACAAUCUAGAGUUGACACCGAUGACUCUUGGAUGGGAAGGGAAGCAGAAGAGAGAAAGGCUAGUGAGGUGGCUGUUGGUGGUGGGGGUGUCUCUGUGGCAGUAACUCGUUUUCCGAUGGAGCAGAAACGCCCGAUUGGACCUCUUGUUGUGGUAGGCGUCAGAGAUGGAGUUCUUUGGCUAAUUGACAGGUACAUGUUCGCUCAUGCCUUAUCCUUGAGUCAUCCUGGUAUUCGAUGCCGAUGUCUUGCUGCUUAUGGCGAUGCUGUUAGUGCAGUAAAAUGGGCAAGUAGGCUUGGGAGAGAACAUCAUGAUGAUUUAGCACAAUUUUUGCUAGGAAUGGGCUAUGCCAAUGAAGCACUUCAUUUACCUGGAAUAUCCAAGAUAGCGCAAGCAAUCAAUGAUUGUAAUUAUGUUGAGGUUUGCUCAGACUUAAAACAUACUGCUCUUUAUGAUAUGCAGGUUGACAUUCUUAAUUUGUCUGACAAGAAACAAGAUGUCGUUGAAGGUGUUCAGGGUAUAGUGAAAUUUGCAAGAGAGUUCUUCGAUCUUAUUGAUGCUGCAGAUGCUACUGCACAGGGUGAAAUUGCUCGUGAAGCUCUCAAGAGGCUAGCUGCAGCUGCUUCAGUGAAAGGUGCUUUACAAGGUCAUGAGUUGAGAGGAAUGGCAUUACGCCUUGCAAAUCAUGGGGAAUUGACUCGGCUAAGUGGUUUGGUAAACAACUUAAUCACACUUGGCUUGGGACGGGAAGCUGCAUUUGCUGCUGCUGUUUUGGGAGACAAUGCUCUAAUGGAGAAAGCAUGGCAGGAUACUGGCAUGCUGGCUGAGGCCGUGCUACAUGCUCAUGCACACGGACGUCCAACGUUGAAGAACUUGGUUCAGGCCUGGAACCAAAUGCUACAAAGAGAGGUUGAGCCUACCCCGUCACAGAAGACAGAUGCUACCGCUGCAUUUUUAGCUUCUCUUGAGGAGCCUAAGCUUACAAGUUUGAAGGAAGCAGGGAAGAAACCACCCAUCGAAAUCCUACCUCCAGGGAUGAUGUCUCUUGAUGCUCCAAUAUCAAUCCAGAAAAAACCAGCUGCUGCUGCUGCCCAGAAUUCAUUAACACCACCGGGAAAGCCAUUGGCACUCGAAGCACCUCCCACAACCACAGCAACGCCAGAGGGUGCUACGCAGCAGCCUGAUUCCACACAGCAGCCUGAUUCCACUAAGCAAUCUGAAUCCACACAGCAAUCUGAGUCGACACCUCCUGCCCCAGUUAGUGAUCAACCUCCAUCAGAAUCUACAUCAGAAUCCACGCCGGCUCCAGAGGCCGCUCCACCUGAGCCAGAGUCAGGUGAAACCAAGGUCGAUAAUGUAGCUCCUACCGCCGCGCCAGUCUCUGCCACAAAUGCAACUGCUAGUGGGGAAACUGCUCAAGCCACACCUCCGAGCAAUCCAGCACCACCAGAGGCACCAUCACCGGUAGCAGAGGUGCCAUCACCACUAGCAGAGGCUCCUGAGACAAAUGUUUCUACUACAGGACCUGUGAAUGAUCCAUUCUUGUGAUUGGUAUUCAACAUCACUACAGCGUGAGCACUUGGAAAUUGAAUUUAUUUAAAAUUCAAGUUUUACCAUCUUUUGUAAAGAAACCAUUUUAGGUGUGAAUGAAAUCUAGUAUAAUUAAUUAGUUUGCAACAAAUUUACCCAACAAACGUGCUAUUAUACCGAGAAUUUUUUUUUCCAUUUUCCCUGUACUAUUCUCGAUUUUUGUAGAUGAGUUUACCAAGAUUAAGUGCUGUAUACUUGUUUCACAUUCUUUUA